UAUCCUCCACGAUCAUAUUUUUCUAAGCACACUUUCAUCGCUUGUUUGUGCCCUUUAGUAGAUCGUUAAUUCGUUCGAUUGUCAACGUUGUCUUGUUUGAUUGAUUGUUGAUUUUUUAAUUGGUUAAGUAUAAACGUUGGCUAAUUAGUUUAAAGCGGCAAAGACAAACGCGCGAUAUUGUUUGUAUAUAUUUUACGCUAAAAUUGAUUUCUUUCGCGCAAAUACCGCAUAUAUUCUUCGUGCAGUCAACGCUUGCCGGGAAUAUUGUGUAUAUAAAGAAAACGAAAGGUAGCGGAUUUAGGUUUAGUUACGGAGGAUCUGUGCAGUAAAACGUGCGUGCGAGUGUGCGUGUGUGUGUUUAAAUAAGCAGCUGAAACCUUGCACAACAUGGCACAAAAGACUGAUGAUAAAACGUCUGAUAUACCAGAAAGGCUGUAUGAUGCUACAUCCAGGUCCACUUAUAAGCGUAUGCGUUUUUUUGGGAAAGGUGGCUUUGCAAAAUGUUAUGAGAUAGUUGAUGUGGAGACCAACAAUGUAUAUGCGGGCAAGAUUGUAUCUAAAAAAUUAAUGUUGAAACAUAAUCAAAAGGAGAAAAUGUCCCAGGAAAUCACAAUACAUAAAAGCCUGAGCCAUGAAAAUAUUGUUAAGUUUCACAGUUUCUUUGAGGACAGCUUCAAUAUCUACAUUGUAUUAGAGUUAUGCAAAAAGAGAUCAAUGAUGGAGCUGCAAAAACGACGUAAAACAAUUACUGAAUACGAGUGCAGAUACUACAUCUAUCAGAUUAUACAGGGUGUUAAAUAUUUGCACGAUCAUCGCAUCAUACAUCGUGAUCUCAAAUUAGGCAAUCUGUUUUUGGAUGACUUACUACACGUGAAGAUUGGGGAUUUUGGCCUUGCGACGCGUGUUGAGUACGAAGGUGAACGCAAGAAGACACUAUGUGGUACACCAAAUUAUAUUGCUCCCGAGAUUCUCAAUAAAAAAGGGCACUCCUUCGAAGUAGAUAUUUGGUCGAUUGGUUGUGUCAUGUAUACGCUGCUGGUCGGUCAACCACCAUUUGAAACAAAAACAUUAAAAGACACAUAUGAGAAAAUCAAAAAGUGUCAAUACAGAGUACCAAGUUAUCUACGUAAAUCGGCGGCUGAUAUGAUUGUUUCUAUGUUACAAUCCAAACCGGAAAUGCGACCAACCAUUGGCAAACUAUUGAACUUUGAGUUUCUCGCCUGUUCUCCAGUGCCCAUGUUCUUGCCCAGCUCUUGUUUGACUAUGGCACCUCGACUCGAAGUUAAUGAGGCAUUGAGUGACGCUAUGGGUCACCGCAAACCUCUAUUAGAAUUGAACGGCAUAAAGGAUGAUACACGGUUGGAACAUACCUUCCUUAAAAAUAACUUGCACGAUGCAAUUACUGCUUCUGCACAAGUUUUCCGGCAUAACGAGGAUUAUCGUUCUGAUAUUGAGAGCCUGCAUCAACAAUUGACCGAGCUUAUUAAUGCCAAGCCGAAACUGUUGUCACGUAAUUUGGGCGACGAAAACACAGAUCCGGCAGCACAACCACUUUUCUGGGUGUCAAAGUGGGUGGACUACAGUGACAAAUAUGGUUUUGGUUAUCAAUUGUGCGACGAAGGAAUGGGUGUAAUGUUUAAUGAUACUACCAAACUCAUAUUGUUACCAAACCAGAUCAAUGUGCAUUUCAUUGACAAAGAUGGAAAGGAAACGUACAUGACCACCACCGACUACUGUCAAACCUUAGAUAAGAAAAUGAAGUUGCUCACGUACUUUAAGCGUUACAUGACCGAACAUCUUGUUAAAGCUGGUGCAAACAACGUGAACUUCGAAAGCGAUCAGAUUUCCCGUAUGCCACAUUUACAUUCAUGGUUUCGCACAACGUGCGCCGUUGUGAUGCAUUUAACCAAUGGUUCAUUGCAGUUGAAUUUUUCCGAUCAUAUGAAGAUUAUUUUGUGUCCGCGUAUGAGUGCCAUUACUUAUAUGGAUCAUGAGAAGAACUUCCGUACUUACCGUUUCUCAACAAUCAAACAACAUGGUUGCUCCAAAGACCUUUAUCAAAAAAUGCGAUAUGCUCAUGAGAAACUUAGCAAAAUGUUGGAGAAAAUGCUCUUUUAAAAUCAAACGAUUCGAUUUGUUGAUUCAGUAGAAAAUCCUCUCACAAUAUGCUUAGUCAUUUGGCUUCCAGCGUUAAAUUGGUAAUUUUAAUUUAUGCAUUAAAAUCAUCCAGCGUUCUAAGCCGUGCAACACAAUCAAUUGAUUUUUUGUCCCGCGAGAAAAAGAAAUGAAACGCAAAUAUUUUUACGAAA